GGUUGGGGGCGUGGUCAGCCGGCUCGUGCCGGAGGCGCCUCUGUCCGGCUUCCACACCUGGCCGGUUCAGGCGGAGGGCGAGCAUCCUUCCGUGGGACCGAUCCCUUGACGCAGCGGACACGUGAGAAUGCGGGAAGACCUUCUUCUCUUCUGACAGAUCCUUUCCUCCCCCACACCCGCCAGGGCCGCCUUCUGCAGUUUCCAUUGUUAAGCCGGUUCCCUUCCCCUUACACCACUUUUUAAAAUAUUAUUAUUUUGCACGUUUCAAAGGCUUUUGCAAAUCCUGAUUUCCAUGGGUGAGAAGAGAGGAUUUAUUUUUUAAAAAAACACGGGGAUUUUUUCUUUCUCAUUCCAUCGUGCACCUGUCUGAUGUCCUUUUUUUUGCAUCCUAGCAGGUUCCCUUACCUGGAUCACCCGACCCAAAAAUCCUAUAAUAGGUUGUGGCUGUUAGCUCCCAUACCACGAAGUGGGGCUUCUUCCUAGUGCCUUCUUCUAUUUUCCCACCCCUGGCUUGCAAAAAAAAAUUAAAAAUUUAUUUUUUUUAAAAAAAAAGCAUAUCUGGCACCGACACCUCAUUUUGCCUCACCUGACAUCCUAUAUACAUUUGUUCUUUACUUGUUCCCACUCUGUCCCCCAGGCAGCUUGAAUCCUCCUUGCUGAUAAACGUGUGGUUGCUCUUCCCUUUAUCUCUGGAUCUUCUUUGGAUUUGAUUCACUAAGAGCCUCCUUGAUGUUAUUUUGGAUUUUCUAAGCAAUCACUGAAUUUUUUAUUUCAUGUGGAUACCUAUCUCAGGUGUACUCUCUUUAAUUCCAGGAAACGAUUACUAAAUUCAUAUUUAUUUAUUUGUUCAUCUGUUCAUCCAUCCAUUCAUUUAUUCUGCAACCGCUGUUGACCGUUCAUACUGCUAUUUUCCAUCCCCGAAUUACAUCCACUAUCCGGACGCUGGUCUGCAAGAUUUUCCUUCUGAUACUGCUGUCCUAGCUUCCCACAACACCCCCACACCUGGCUGACUAUGGACUUUAUUCUCAGUGGGGUGGCGGCGUGUGGGGCCUGCCUUUUUACCAACCCUCUGGAAGUGGUGAAAACUCGGAUGCAGCUCCAAGGAGAACUUCGCCAGCCUGGGACCUACACCCGCCACUACCGCAACGUCUUCCACGCUUUCUACACCAUUGGACGGGUGGACGGGCUGGCAGCCCUCCAGCGAGGACUUUUGCCGGCUUUGUUUUACCAGUUUGGCUUCAACGGCCUUCGCCUGGGCCUUUAUGGGAUGGUGGAGACGGCUGGCUACAUUCGCGUGCCCGAGGGGCACAUCAGCCCGUGGCGCACCAUUGUGGCCGGAGCGAUGGCUGGGGCUGUGGCCGCCCUCGCAAGCAGCCCCAUCUAUCUGGUGAAGACCCACAUUCAGGCUCAAUCUGCUGCUGAGAUUGCUGUAGGGCAUCAGUACAAACACCAGGGGAUGUUCGAUGCUCUGUUGAUGAUCCACAAGGAACAUGGUGUGAUGGGACUCUGGCGUGGGGCUCUUUCCUCCAUUCCCCGAGUCAUGGUGGGCUCUUCUACCCAGUUGGCCACUUUCUCCUCCGCCAAGGAUGUCUUGGCCCGCCUAGAGGUCUUUCCAAAGGACAGCUGGCAGGUAUCCCUGAGCGCCUGCAUGAUCAGUAGCACCACCGUGGCCCUCACCAUGUCACCUUUCGAUGUGGCCAGCACUCGCCUCUACAACCAGCCAGUCAGUCCUGAAGGGCAGGGCCUGAUUUACAAGGGUCUUCUGGAUUGCCUUGCCAAAAUCAUCCGCUCCGAGGGAUUUUGGGGGGUCUACAAAGGGUUGGGGGCUUCCUACUUCCGAAUCGGACCC